CCAAACCCUGUUUUUAUGUAAGGGACCUACACACCUUCUCUUCACUCUCUUUAAACAUUUGAAUAAUAUAUUCUCCUAUAACUAUUAGCUAUGGGAAGAGCUCCUUGCUGUGACAAAAAUGGGCUGAAGAAGGGGCCUUGGACUCCAGAAGAAGAUCAGAAACUCAUGGAUUACAUACACAAAAAUGGUUACGGAAAUUGGAGAACUCUUCCAAAGAAUGCUGGUCUGCAAAGAUGCGGGAAGAGUUGCCGACUACGGUGGACAAAUUACCUCCGGCCAGAUAUCAAGAGAGGAAAAUUCUCCUUCGAGGAAGAAGAAACCAUCAUCCAGCUUCAUUGUAUCCUCGGCAACAAAUGGUCCGCGAUAGCAGGUAGACUACCGGGAAGAACUGACAACGAGAUAAAGAACUACUGGAAUACACAUAUUCGUAAGCGGCUGUUGCGUAUGGGGAUUGACCCCGUCACUCACAGCCCCCGCCUCGACCUCCUUGACCUCUCAACCCUCCUAAACUCCGCUCUCUACGCUCAACAACAACAACAACAACAACAACACUCAAACAUCGACUUUUCCAGAUUAAUAGGAACGCAACCUUUGAUCAAUCCGGAAUUAAUAAGGUUGGCAUCUUCCUUGCUUUCCUCAGAUCGUCGAAACCAGCAGGCCUUUCUCAUCACUAAAAAUCAACCAAAUACAAACUGCAACGAUCAAGUUUCUCCAUCUCCGCCGCCGCUUCCGGUUCCAACAACCUCUUCUACCACACCCUCUAAUCAGAACCAGAAUCUGGCCGGCUUUGCGGACUGGCAGCAAAACGACAGUUCGGUUUUUUUGACGGAAGAUUAUUCUCAGCCGGCUAACUACGGAUGUUACUGGUCGGAUCAGUCGAUUGUGGAUACUUCGACGUUUCAGACCAAUUGUAGCAGCAACAACUUCGGCUUUCAAUCCGUUUUAUCCAACAUCUCAUCGCCAUCGUCAAGCCCCACGCCGUUGAAUUCCGGUUCGACUAAUAUGACCGGCAGCGGCAGCACGGAAGAUGAGAGGGAAAGUUACUGCAGCAAUAUGUUAAAGUUUGAGAUUCCGGCGGAUAUUUUGGAUGGCGCCGAUUUCAUCUAAAUUUUUACCAUCCGUGCGAAGCGAGGCCGACAUUGUUAUUUUUCCUCUUUAUUUAGGAUUUUUCUCAAGUUCCAUGCUUCGUGUAAAUUACUUGAUUGGACACUUCAAUUAUUGAUAUAAUUAUGACGACUUUUUGCCAA